UAUAAUUCUGUUUCUUCUCUUCCUCUCUUCUUCUUCUUCUUCCUGGUAUCGUUCUCUUUACAUAAUAGGCCCAUUGGCCCAGAUAGUAUCCAAGUCCUCCAAGUCUUACAGACUGUGUCGAUCGGUGUUCGAUUUCUCCACAGCAAGAGAGGAGAAAGGGAGAGGGGAAAAGCCUGCUGCAGUGCUGUCAGCUAGCAGAAGCAGUCCUACUGUUACCUAGGUGGUUGAGUCGCGUGUGGUGGAGUCGGCCGUGCUGACGACGGGACGGACGCUAUCUUUCGCCUCUCGACUCUUCUUGAGAUCGGCAAUUGUCUUUGGACUUCCUAACACACUCGCCCAUUCCUACAUAACCCGUCUCCUCUACCUACAGCAUCUGGGUUUACUCUCGAGGGUCGAACAUGGACCCAAAGUACGAGACCACCAGUACUGCGCCAAAGGUUGCUGAAAAGGGCAACAUGACAACCGAAGACCCCAUCCAACUCAACCCCCAUGCAAACUUCAACUCUCUGGAUCCGAACGAUGUGGACUGUGAGAAGCAUGGAGCCAGUCGCGAAUCCAAUCCGCUGCCGGACUUGAAGCGGAAGCUCAAGAGCAGACAUCUGCAGAUGAUUGCUAUCGGUGGUACAAUCGGUACCGGUCUUUUUAUCAGUAGCGGAACUGCUAUUGCCCACGCGGGCCCCGUUGGUGCCCUCAUCGCAUACCUCUUCGUCGGCUCGAUCGUCUACUCGGUAAUGAUUUCUCUGGGAGAGGUUGCGACGUAUAUCCCGAUUCCCGGGGCCUUUACAUCAUACGCUGCACGAUUAAUCGACCCUAGCCUGGGUUUUGCGAUGGGCUGGAUUUAUUGGUUCUCCUGGGCCAGCACGUUCGCAUUGGAACUGACUGCGACUGGUUUGAUCAUUCAGUACUGGGAUGAAUCAAUUAACAUUGCCAUCUUCAUUGCAAUUUUCUUGGUCGUGAUCACUCUCCUUAACUUCUUACCUGUCAGCUUCUAUGGCGAGAUAGAGUUUUGGUUUUCCAGUAUCAAAGUGCUCACAGUUGUUGGGUUUAUGAUCUUUGCCAUUUGUGUUGAUGCAGGCGUUAGCCACCAGGGCUACCUUGGAUUCCGGUACUGGGUGCACCCAGGCGCCUUUGCCCCAUAUCUCCUUGAUGAUUCAGACCCAAGGGCUAAGUUUGUUGGCUUUUGGGCUGUUCUUAUCCAGGCUGGAUUCUCCUACCAGGGCACAGAAUUAGUCGGCAUUGCGGCAGGUGAAACUGAAAAUCCCCGCAAGACGGUCCCGUCAGCAAUCCGCAAGACUUUCUACCGUAUCUUGUUCUUCUUUGUCUUGACCAUCUUCUUUAUUGGCAUUGUGGUGCCUUACACCAACGAGGACCUCCUUUCUGAUGGCAACGACGCCAAUUCCUCGCCAUUCGUCAUUGCGGCAAAACUGGCGGGUGUCAAGGUGCUCCCCAGUAUCAUCAAUGCGGUCUUGUUGACGGUAGUGCUCUCGGCAGCCAACUCCAACGUGUACAGCGGUAGCCGUAUCCUGAUCGGUUUGGCGCAAGAAGGAUUUGCUCCUCGUUGGUUCAAGAAGACGACCAAGGGUGGAGUGCCAUACUUCAGUGUUGCGUUUACUGCAAUGUUUGGCCUGCUUGGGUUCAUGAAUGUGUCUAAUGCGGGUAGCACCGUGUUCAACUGGUUGCUCAACAUCUCCGGUGUCGCGGGCUUCAUCACCUGGGGCUCAUUGAAUGCCUGCCACCUGGCCUUUAUGCGGGCUCUCAAGGCUCGCGACAUCUCUCGCGAUCUUCUUCCGUACAAAGCCAUGUGGCAACCGUGGUACGCCUGGUACGGACUGUUCUUCAACGUCCUGAUCGUUUUGACCCAGGGGUUCACUUCCUUCAUCCCGUCAUUCAGCGUGACGGACUUUUUCAUCGCUUACCUCAGUUUGAUCCUUUUCGUGGUUCUCUACAUCGGCCACAAGAUCAUCUUCCGACCAGCAUUUGUCCACCCGCUUGAGGCAGAUCUCGACACUGGCCGUAUUCCAUAUGAAGAUAAUGAAUCAUGGGAAACCUCGACUCCACAAACAGCGUGUUUCUCAAAUGCCCUGAUAGGGUAAGCAUAUAGAUAAUUUUGCAUGGGUUGAAUUAGUUUGAAGGGAUGUUAUGAACUUUUUGUAUAGCAUGUGAUUUGGAAUUGCAGCAUGUGGCACGGAGUUGGGUUUCGUUUUUCUUCAUCUUUGUCUUCUAUUCUUGACAAUAAAUAUCACAUCUCCCUUUCCAAGAAAGUUUCCCAAAGCAUUCAAUGAAGUGGUCACCUAGACAC